UGUCGCACAAAAGUUGUUUCAAUUUACAGGAUCGGGCGAAGGAUAUUUGCGCCAACACUCUCCUCAUGCCAGCCCGAUGCGACAUGAAGGAAUCGGACGCACGGAGUCGCUGCAUAGCUCGUACCGGGAUUUUAUCACUACAAGAAUAGCCCUGAUGUUGACAUGCCAGUCUUGGAUAGCUGGAGCCUUAUCUCAUGCUCUACCUUCAUUCUCGCAUGUCGUUCGACAGUGAUGAAACUGGAUGUAAAAGUCCUGUCAUGUGGAUCGGCUUCACCAUACCCGUGCUUAGAGCAUGGAUCUGUCCCAAGGCGCAUCUGGCCCAGCCUGGGUUUCGUCGGACAAUGGCGGACAAAACAGCGUUGUUUAGAAGGGUUCAAGCGGUCAAAGACACUCUACCUAGACCCAAGCAAGCACAAGAAGCUGAAUCAAACUAAACCAUGCCGAUUUUAACAUUUUCAAGAUGACAUGCAGAACUUUCGUGAUGGUGUGUCUGUAUGCGAGUCGCGAAUGUAAAGACAGCAAAGGCAUGAUAUUGACAUGGCCUGUAAGGCGAGACCCAAAGAGACGACGAUGUG